AUGACGGACAACGAUUACAAUUCGUCGGACAACGAGUAUCAACGUUCGGAAACAAAAGAUUUUGGUGGUGGCGGAAUUGAUUACAGCGAUCGGUUUAAUGUAGGAUAUGGGUUUGAUACUGAUGUUGAAGCAAUUAGUUGGGCUAAGAGCAUUGCUAUAGGGAUUGGGUUUGAGUUAGUCAUUUUGUCUCAUAAGAACGAGGGAAGACGAAAGCUUUUGAGAUGUGCUCGGGGUGAGCGUUACAGAGGUUCAUUCACAGAUUCUGAUUCAUUCGUACGAAAAAAUACGAAGACAAAUGCGUGUCAGUGCAAAUUCAAAAUUGUUGUCAAAUUAGGUAAGACUGCAUGGUUUGUACUUAGGGAGCCUGGUAUUUCGAGUACACACAACCAUGCUUUAGCUGUGUAUCCUGAGGGAUACCGUCAGAUGAGUGGGCUGAGUGAUGAGGCGAAAGAGAUUGUGCGAGAUAUGAGUGCGGCACAAGAGAAGCCGUGUUCUAUUAUGGCAGCUUUGAAAGAAAAAAAAUACCAUCUGACAACCCUACAAGAAGGCAAGUGUACAACUACAGAGAGAAUUUGA